CUCAAAAACAGCAACUGCAACAGAAACCUCUCGCUCUCGCUCGCUGGCUCCAAUUAGGCUUCUAUUAGGAGCAGCAUUGUUCCUCAAUUGCCCGUGUGAGUUUGUGCUUUGCUUUCCACCCUUCUCCCUGCCAAAGAAGAGGGAAAACCCAAAACAAAUAAAAAAAAGAAAAGAAAAGAAAAUGAAGCUCCCCUAGAAUCCCUGUUCUGCAGAGAGAAGCCACAACGGGAGACAACUACAAGUAGUGUGGCAGAGGGGGGAAGACAACUGCGGAGCACGUCGGCGCAAUUCAGUGCCAGCCAGGCAGCCCUAGGUGGCGUUGGUUGUGUUCGUUUAUGGGUUCCUCUCGCCUAUUUCUCUCCGUUGGACUGGCGGAGCGUUCUACGGUAUCCUCCUCCUGCCGACUGAAUCCCGUUGACGUUACUCUGAGAGAGAAAUAAGAGAGGGGGAACUAACAACUGCCGCAAGUAAACCAAAUCACCUUAUCCUAAACCACCACCACUCCCCCCUCCAAAAAAAAAAAAAAGAAAGAAAUUAUUGUGCUGUCGGUGAGAACAGAGGACAAUUUUUUUUUCCCCCUUUAUCUUCGUCUGUCGUUAACUCUGGCGGACAUAAGAGGAACCGAAGCGUUCCUCUUUUCUUCCCUGUAUUCUCGAUUAUUGGAUCGUUUGGGUUUCAAAUCCAAGAAAAAGAAAAGAAACCGGUUAAAGAUGCUGUGGAUUAUGAGAUUCUCGGGUUUUUUCUCCGCGGCCAUGGUGUGGAUAGUUCUAUCCCCCUCCCUGCAAUCUUCCCAACCCGCAGAAGCCAUUAGAUCCUCCCAUCUCGACUUCUACCUCCGAUUAUCCACCACCCAGAUUCCGCCUCCCUCUCCCGAUCGUUUCUCCUUCCGGAAAGCCCCUCAAUACCGCAAUGCGGACGCCUGCACCUUCAAUGUUGAUUCUACAUUGGGGGAGAUUGGCGUCUGCGAUCCCUCUUUAGUCCACGUAGCCAUUACCCUGGACGUCGAGUACCUCCGGGGAUCAAUUGCCGCCGUGCAUUCCAUUUUGCAGCACUCCAUGUGUCCCCAGACUAUAUUCUUCCACUUCUUGGUGUCGGAGCCCGGCCUUGAAAGCCUAGUCCGCUCCACUUUCCCUCAGUUGAAUUUCAAGGUUUAUUACUUCGAUCCCCAGAGGGUGCGGAGCCUGAUCUCCACCUCCGUCCGGCAAGCCCUGGAGCAGCCUCUGAACUACGCCAGGAACUAUUUGGCAGAACUUCUGGAGCCGUGCGUGCGGCGGGUCAUCUACCUGGACUCUGAUCUCAUCGUGGUCGAUGAUGUUUCCAAGCUCUGGUACACCAGCUUGGGGACGAAGACCAUCGGAGCCCCGGAGUACUGCCACGCCAACUUCAACAAGUACUUCACCGCAGCUUUCUGGUCGGACAGGAGAUUUUCGGACACGUUCUCCCGCCGGAAUCCCUGUUACUUCAACACGGGGGUCAUGGUGAUGGAUCUGGUCAAGUGGAGGCGGUUCGGGUACACCAAACAAAUAGAGAGGUGGAUGGAGAUCCAGAAGAUGAAUCGGAUCUACGAGCUGGGUUCACUGCCGCCAUUCUUGCUGGUGUUUGCGGGACACGUGGCGCCCAUAGAGCACAGGUGGAACCAGCACGGCUUGGGCGGGGAUAAUGUCAGGGGAAGCUGCCGGGACCUCCAUCCGGGUCCUGUCAGCCUUCUCCACUGGAGCGGGAGCGGGAAGCCGUGGCUGCGCCUCGACUCCAAGCGGCCGUGCCCGCUCGACUCCCUGUGGGCCCCGUACGACCUCUUCGGAAAUUCGUCGUGAAUUCCAACCCCAUAUUUUUAGAUUUUUUUGGUUUUCUUUUUGUACUCGCCGGUAAAUUCCUCGAUUCAACUGUUUUUUUCCACUUAUAUUUUUUUUUCCAAUCUUUAUUUUAUACUAUCGUCUCCUACAUAUAUUUUUUUUCUUUUUGGGUUUUGGUUUGAUUUUAUUCCUCUUCUCUUUUUUUUUUUUUAAAAAAAAAUAAUAAUUAACUCGCAGUAUUAGUAUGAUGAUGACUAUUAUUAUACGUUGAAGGGAGGCGUCCAGUUCCAUCUGGUAGUUUUGUCCUUGUGAAAAAAAUAAAAAUAAAAUAUUGGAGGGAAAGGGAUAUUCGGUUCAAUUCAUGUUUUUAGUUUUUGUACGCCAAAGAAUCAACCUGGUGGCGAAUUGGAAUUGGUUUUUGCGUUGAAUGGCGACAAUUUAAUGGUGUUGAUAUGUACUAAACAGACGUAGGAGUAUUAUAUAUUAUGCAUAGCUCUGUAACUCACCGGAAAAUCUUUUUAGUUGGGAUUUGAUCGGAUUGCUUUUACUUUGCACUUGUCAUAACUACCCUUCACUCUGGUUUAUCUUCAGGGAACAAUAAUAAAUAUUUAUGUGUAUUUGCAGCUAUCGGCUGCUGAUCUUCAAUUUGAA